UCUGAAUUGCUCAAGAUGGCUCUCACUUUGUUGGUCAUAUUUCUGUGCACAGGGUUAACUGUUUACUGUUCGCCAGACAAACGCGCUGCAGUACCAACAUUCGCCCAAGGUCAUGUAGAAGCCACGGUGACCGCCUCCAGCAUUAGGGAGGCUUCCGGUGUGUGCGCCAGUCGACAGCACGCGGACGUCCUGUAUACGCACAAUGACUCCGGAGAUACACAUAGAAUCUUUGCUAUCAGCGCUAAAACUGGGGCGCUCCUAAAUACCAUCACCAUAGACGGAGCCACCGCGCAGGACUGGGAAGAUAUCGCCUGCGGUAAAUGCACGGGUGGCAGCGGCAAUUGCGUCUACAUUGGUGAUCUGGGUGGAAACGCGGGUGGAGACGCGAACACCAUAUUCCGGAUACACGAGCCGGCCACCCUCAACAGGAACGGCGGAAAUAUACAUGUACACGCUGAUGGAACUCUAAAAUUCAGCUGGGACCAGAAUAACUGCGAAACCCUCAUGGUUGAUCCAAAAGGCGAGGUUUACGUACUGUCGAAGGUUGGUACGGGCGGGAAACACCCGAAGCUCGUGCACUUGCCGGACAGCGCAUGGACCGCCCACCACCGCGUGCAGGUUAAUGAGGGAAUAAUGAUUCCACACACGCACACUUUUGUUGGCGGGGACAUCUCGCCGAAUGGACAAGAGGUGUUGGUUAAGGAUCACAGCCACAUCUACUACUGGCACGUUAACAACGGCAACUACUACGAAACCCUGAGGACGCAGGAGCCUUCUCAAGUCCCCUACCACGUGGAGCCCCAGGGGGAGGCGGUUGCCUGGGACAAAGACGGAAGUGGAUAUUACACCAUCUCCGAGGGCCAACACCCCAAGAUAUACUACUACCGCCGUACAAGCGCGCCGGUUGUUGGUUAAUAAGCCUUAAAAUACCUUGGCCUGAAUUUCUUGAACAUUGACCCAGAUUUAAAUAAAGCAUAAUAUUGUGUUCACA